AUGGCCAUGGAACGAGUCAGCAUCAAACAGGAAUUCAGCAGCUUUGUACAACAUUCAACCUUUCCACAUACGACCUUGCACCACAGUCAUCAGCAAACAUCAUUUACACAUCAACAACGUCCACCCACGCGGCACCUCCAUCAUCACACCCACCACCACCAACAACAAUCGCAACAAUAUCAGCAACAACAAAAUUCGCAUCAGCAUCAGUUGCAAACACUCUUCAGUCGUUAUGGCGCUGCCGUCGGCAUUGGUGUUGGACUUAACUUUGGCAUGGAAGCCGUCGAUCGCGUUGCUGCAAGUGCUUUUCUUGCCGAUAACAACAACGCCUGCAAAUAUUCCAAUUCACGUGACAGCGAUAAGCUCAACUUGACACCCUCACCAAUCUUCACGGAUUACGACGAGAAUAGCUUGAGUUCAGAUGAGCAUGUGCUGGCGCCGUUGGUUUGUUCCUCGGCGCAGACGUCGCGUCCAUGUCUGACGUGGGCCUGUAAGGCUUGUAAGAAGAAAAACGUUUCAGUGGAUCGCAGGAAGGCAGCGACAUUGCGAGAGCGACGGCGUUUGAGGAAGGUAAACGAAGCUUUUGAGGUCUUAAAGCGACGCACUUCGACGAAUCCAAAUCAACGAUUACCUAAGGUUGAAAUACUUCGAAACGCCAUAGAAUACAUAGAAAGUCUUGAAGAUUUGCUGCAGGAAUCAUCACCCACACGUUCCAUAGACAGCUUUUCAGAUGGCAUAAGUGGGAAAGCGUGUCAACAGGACUAUUUGAACUCAUAUACAGGUGCGUAUUUGCGACAGAAGUUAAAUAUUUUCCACAAUGACACGGACAGAUUCGCCGUUUUUGCAGAAUUUGAUUCGUCUACAGCGAAUGGCUCGAGUUUGGAUUGUCUGAAUUUGAUUGUACAAAAUAUUAAUCGAACUGCUGCACAAAGUACACCAACAUCAACAACGGUUGUAGGAAACACCAAACCAAAUAGCAAAACAAGCAGCAACUUAAGCAAUGCCUCCAGCAAUGUACCGGUUACAUCUUCACCAUCAACAGCAAGUAUUACCAGCACUAUAUCGCAAAGCUCCUCACAGUCAUCGCUCAAUGCGACUUUCAAGCAAAAAUGUACCACAUAAGAGUGAACCAAAUUAUAUAGCUUUUACUUACGUAUCAACCAGUUUAGUAAAUUGUUAGUAUACAUACUUAUGUACAUUUAUCGAGCCCUAACCGCCAAAAAUACGCA